GUAGCUCAGUAGUAAAGCACUCCUGGGUUCCAUCCCCAGGGCUGGGGGUAAAAAACAAAACAGCUCAAGAAGAAAAGGGAGGCCUGGUAUGUAGGAGUUCCCAGACUAGCAGGUGGGCCUGGUCACACACACCUGGUGCUAAUCCCCAGUCACCAGAUACUUUUCUAUUCUGUGAUUCUCAAGAACAAAGACCACUCCUUCCUGGGGCCCCUCGUUGGCCGCCAAGCUCACGGAAAUGAAAGCAAACAUCUCUAAUGCAGGCUUCAGCCCUCCUUGGACUCAGAUGUGGCUCAUAGCCAGGACAGCCUGGAGGGCGUGGGCAUCAGGGACAGCUGGAGGCCGAGGCUGCCACAUAGCAUUUCUGUCCCAGUGGGAUGGCCACGUGGGUAUGGGGUGCACGGGCUCAUGAGUGACCUCCCCAGGGGGUUGAAGCAUGGCAGGGAGUUUAUCCCUGUCACUCGUGAAAGUGUGCCAUCAAGGGAGCUGAGGGCUCCAAAGGCCAGGCAUGGAGCACCCCUUCCUUCAGCCUCUCUUAGAGGUGCUGCUUUGGGACCUACAGUGCCCUGUGUCACCCUGGCUGACCUUGAACUCGCAGCAAUCCUCCGUCCCAGCAUGGGGGCUCCUGGGUAGCAGAGACUGCUCUUGAUGAGCCCAGGGAAGCCAGGGCCCAGCCUUGGCAAUUUUGUCAGAAGGAGGACAAAACCCUCUGUCUGAUGUCUAGGACCUGGGCCCAGCCACAUCCCUGCAACACACACACACACGCGCACACACACAGUGCACACUCACCCUCUCACUCUCUCAUGUACACACAGUCCUGUUGCUAUCCGUGGACCCCCAGGGACCGGUGUCUGUGGAGCCAGAAGCAAGGCUCAACUGCGCGUGUGCAGCCCUCAGCACUGCUAUUUAAAGGUGGGAGGCAUCAGGCCAAGAGGGGCCCUGACUGUGACAUGCAUCCCUUCGCGCUUGGUCAGACACUGAGUGGACAUUGGCCCCAAGUACCGCUGCAGCUGGGACUGCGCAGGAUGCAGGAGCUGGCAGUCUGUGCUGAGGCUGGAGGAAAGAGAGCUGGGGGGCUAGAAAGCUGAAGUCCUGAGCCUUCCACACCCUUGACGUCCCUGUAUGUGUGAGGAAGAACCACCUGCUUCAGAAUGGACACUCCUUCAGGGCCACGAGUCUCACCAGACCCAGCCCAGGAGCCCAGCUUCUUGGCCACCCUGUCAGCACCUGGCAGGGGGGAUGGCACCCCAAGCAGCCUCUCCACGCCGGGCCAGCUUCCACCGGGCAAUCCCACGGCAGCCGGGACUCAGGCUGCGGUCCGGGUCCCCUUCUCCACAGCUGAUGUUCCAGCGCAUGUGCACUACACCCUGGGCGCAGUGAUCCUGCUGGUGGGGCUCACCGGGAUGCUGGGCAACCUGACAGUCAUCUAUACCUUCUUCAGGAGCAGAGGCCUGCGGACCCCGGCCAAUAUGUUCGUUAUCAACCUUGCGGUCAGCGACUUCCUCAUGUCCUUCACCCAGGCCCCCGUCUUCUUCACCAGCAGCCUCUACAAGCGAUGGCUGUUUGGGGAGGCAGGCUGCGAGUUCUAUGCCUUCUGCGGGGCUCUCUUUGGCAUCACCUCCAUGAUUACCCUGACAGCCAUCACCCUGGACCGCUACCUGGUGAUCACACGCCCACUGGCCACCAUUGGGUUGGCAUCCAAGAGGCAGGCAGCGCUUGUCCUGCUGGGCAUCUGGCUCUAUGCUCUGGCCUGGAGCCUCCCACCCUUCUUUGGCUGGAGUGCCUAUGUGCCGGAGGGGCUGCUGACGUCCUGCUCCUGGGACUACAUGACCUUCACACCCUCUGUGCGCUCCUACACCAUGCUGCUCUUCUGCUUCGUGUUCUUCCUGCCGCUUCUCAUCAUCAUCUACUGCUAUGUCUUCAUCUUCAGGGCCAUUCGGGAGACAGGCCGAGCCUUCGAGAGCUGUGGGGAGUCCCCAAGUCGACGGCGGCAGUGGCAGCGGCUGCGCAGUGAGUGGAAGAUGGCCAAGAUCGCACUGCUGGUCAUCCUCCUCUUUGUUCUCUCCUGGGCGCCCUACUCCACUGUGGCCCUGGUGGCCUUUGCUGGGCAUGCGCACAUCCUGACGCCCUCCAUGAGCUCAGUGCCAGCCGUCAUCGCCAAGGCCUCUGCCAUCCACAACCCCAUCAUCUAUGCCAUCGCCCACCCCAAGUACAGGGCUGGACAGACACUGAGGCAUGGGGGUCUGCCCAGCAAGCAAGUGGACGGCCCCCUUGUGGCAUGGGCCUGGAAGGCUGGGAAGCCAGGGCCCAUCCCAAGGCCCAGGAAUGGGAAGCUGAGACUCCCGGAAAGACCAAGGGCCGGCUCCCCAGCCUGGAUCCCCAGAUGUAGGAUGCUGGCUGGCCCUCCCUCCUGUCGGACACAUCCAGCCCCACCAGCCCGCAGGCUUUGUCACCCAUGCUGCGCUGGAGUCACAGCCCCAGCCUUGCGUUCCGCUUCACACCACAGAAGUCCUGCCUGUGUGGCCUGCGUCCUUGUGUCCCAGCUCUGCAGCCCUCUGCCGCCAGCAGCUGCCACCUCUGCAAACAUACAGGAACACACUGCUGUUUAUGAGCCAUGCAUCUGGCCAGGCUGGGCACUUCAGUGGCCUAGGGCGGGGGCAGCACUACCCCUCCCACCAGAUACAGCCUCCCUGUGUAUACUUCCCCACCCGACCCCCACCUGAGCCAUCCCCUGGUGGCCCACACUUGCAUGCACAGAGUGCUAUAGGUACCAAUUUGCAUGCACACCAAGUCCUGUGGUCUGUGUCACAUCAGUGGUCCAGGUUCACCCUGAACUGGGGGGCUGUGACAGGGGUAGGAAAUAAAAAGUAGAGACGCUCUCUGCCAUAUUUGGUAUGGACCUGUGGGGCUGGCAAGGGGAGGGAGCCCGCCCACCCAGCCUCAGUGCCUGCAAUAUCAUCUGUCCUCCUCUCCCGGGUUCCCGCCUUGGGACUUGCACUCCUGAAGGCCCAUUGCCAGCUUUGAGGGUGCAGAGUAGUGUUGGGGGUCAAGACUAGAGAUGGCCCAGCCCCGCUCCCCAGGGAAUUCUGAGCCCCACUCAGCCUGAGGACACCAGCUGCUCUCCAGCUGGCUUGGGCUUCCUCUAGGGGAGGCAGAUGGAGGGAGGCUGGCCUCUGCCUUUAAGAGCAUCUGGGCCACCUCCGCCUUUCCCUAGAGGCCAAAGAUGAGCCUGUGACUUGGGGCUCCAGUGACAGUGACAGCCUUUAUCAGCUCCUCAGUGAGCUGGCUGUCCCAGCAGUGGUCACCCCCUGCUCCCCAGCUGGGCAGAGUGGAGAUGCCUAGAGUUAGGGACAGAUGGCGUAGGGCUUCGGGGGGCACAGGGCAAGGGAUGAAAGAAGGAUGGGGUACUGGCCUCCUGGCUAGGACAGGUGGGGCUGCGUGACACAGAGCAGAGGAGGCGGUGACAUGGCCUGGGGGAAAGAACAUAGGUCCCUGCCUGGCUUCAUCCAUUUGCUAUUUUUGUGACCUUGGGCAAAUGAUCAAGCAGCCCAGUAGCACAGACAUCCUACAUGCACGUUGUGUGUGCCAGGCCCUCCAUGAGGCUGGGGUCUGGCCAGAGCCCACUCAGCUUCCCUGAGUCUCAGUUUCCCCAGCCCAGGAGACAGCCUGUGUCUUGAUCUCAGUCAGUCCAGACCCCAUGGGCCCAUGGUCUCUCAUGGGCCACCUUGAUCCACAGCCCACACUGGCAGGAGUCCUGAGGGGCAGUGGGCUGAGCAUGCCUCACCAACUUUCUCUCUGUGCUGUGCCCCGGCAGCAAGCAAGUAGCCAUUCCUCCCUCCCCUUGCCCUGCUAUUACUGUGCAAAGGGCACAGGGCCUGGUGUGUGUGCUGGCAGCUGCAGCUUUCCAUGCUACUGUCAAGUUUUCCAGGGCACAAAUGAGACAGGAGAACCAGGAAUAACCAGCCUGGCCCCAGAGGGUCGGGGUUGGGGGUGCCCCAGACCUGCCUUCAGACUCUGUGCCCAGGCACAUGGUGGCCCUACACCCUGAGCCAGAGCUCCAUGAGGCUCUGCAGCCACUGGAACUCCAUCCUUUGUCAGGAGUCCCACUGGAAUGACCCAGGCUCCAGGGUGGCCAGGGUCCACUCCCUGUGUGGAGGAGCCAUUUAAUCUCUAUGAGCCUUGAAUCCUACAGGCCAAAGUGGCAGCCUCUCUGGACCCAGGGAUUGUAGUGUAAAAGCUCCCGUGAUGAGCUAAACCAUGCCCAGAGGUACUUCCGUGAUGUGGGGUUUUUGUCCAUAUGGGGGUUUGAACCCAGGACAUUCACAUGAAUUACACCCCCAGUCCAUUUAUUUAUUUAGCAUUGGAGAUUGA